AAAUGGUUCCAUGCCGAUACCGAUAUCGCAGCGGGUUCCCUCUAAAGUGUCACUGACUUCUGGAGUGUCUGAUGAAGCCAUCUUCCCUUCAACUUCAUCUGCUGGUGCAGGGAACCUGGGAACAGCUAAGGGGAAUGAGGACAGCAGUAGCCAAUCAGAAGAGAGUUCUGAGGGUCAGGCUGUAGAAGACCAUGUACAGAAGCGGACAUUAUCAAAUGUGCUCAGUCGUCUUGGCAACAUACUGGAUAGGCGUAGCAAUACUCUACAGACUUACAAAGACAGUGACUUCAAGCAGUACUGGAUGCCAGACAGCAGCUGUAAGGAGUGUUAUGAUUGCGGGGACAAGUUCACCACAUUCCGCCGCCGCCAUCACUGCAGGAUCUGCGGACAGAUCUUCUGUAGCAAGUGUUGUAACCAGGAACUUCCUGGGAAGAUCAUUGGAUACAAAGGUGGUAUCCGGAGUCUGCAUCUACUGUUGUAAGGUGGUUCUUCGCUACGCCCAGCAAUCUGACCAAGGUGGAGAUGUCAAGGUGUCAAGGGAAGACUUGAGGAGCCUGUCCAUAGACUUUGAGUCGGGUAGCUUCCAGGAUCUUGGAAUCUGGAGUCCCAACCUACGUCGUAUCUCCAGCAUCAGGGAGGACAGUCCUCAGACAGGAUCUGUGAGCCCCCAGGAUACAGGGACAGCUUGUGUACAGAAGAACGUUCCCUUCGACCUGACUCCACAGGCAGACUUCUCCAUACAAGAAUCCCUUCUGCGAGAGAGCAAGAUACUCAUCCAGGACUCUAUACAGUUACGUGAAUUAUGGCGACAGAUGAACGACCUUGUGAGUGGUGUAGAAAUGCAGAGUCACCGAGUUCGUCUUCGGACAUAUCACAAAUGUAUUGUGGGUAAAGAACUUGUCAACUGGCUUCUCACAAAUGACAAGGCUGCUAACAGGGACCAGGCAGUGGCUAUUGGUCAAGCCCUGGUGUUUGCCAACUACCUGGAGCCUGUAUCCAGUCAGCUGCUGGUGUUCCAGGAUGACUUCUGCCUGUACAAGCCAGGGGAACAUGCAGGCCUGGUGGAUUCCACACUCCAAGCCCAGAGUCAGACCACUGUCGGGGAGACAGCUGCCAGCAGUGAACCGCUGUGGUUCAAGGAGAUCGAGUCCAUAGACAGGGAUGACUCAUCCGUGGGGGAGGACCAGCGGUCAAGCACAACUGACUCUGACCAGAGGAAAAGCAUUUCUUCUGAGUCUGGCUCUCGAGCCAUCUUCUAUGUCAGUGAACGCUCAGACAGCGGUAGUGUGCCCAAUGACCUGUCAAAAUUAGCAGCCGUGGCCCGAGACGGGUCGUCAGAUGAACCUCUACCAAGCACUGGGCUGUCAGAUGACUUUCUCAAAGGUUCCCUGUUUGUGGGGAAGUCCAUCCCUGCCUCAGCUGACACUAUCACCUGUCCCCACGGAUGGAGGAACGCUGACCAGCUCAGGGAAGAAAAUGGAGAGAAACUGGCUUAUGAACGUCUCAGCAAGGCACACACGGAGAUGUGGGAAGCUCUGUUGAAGCAGUUGCUUAGUCACCAUGGACUGUCCCUGGGCUGGCAGCAGGUCAUCUCGUACAUCAUCCUCCAGGUCAGUCGCUUCGUGCGCCCGGAUGUCCAGGCUGAGGGAGAUGACCCCGACAUAAGGAAGUACAUCCACAUCAAGAAGAUUCCUGGGGAUCUUAAACAGGACACGUUCAUGCUGCAUGGUGUAGUGUUUACCAAGAACAUCGCCCACAAGAAGAUGCAGCAGCAGAUUCCAAACCCCCAGAUCCUCCUCCUGAAGGGAGCCAUCGAGUACCAGAGAGUGGAAAACAAGUUCUCCUCCCUGGAACCUCAGAUACUGCAGGAGAGGGAGUUCCUGAAGAACAGUGUUGCAAAGAUUGCAGCUUUCCGUCCCAGUGUGCUGAUCGUGGAGAAGUCGGUGUCGAGACUGGCGCAGGAAUUCCUCCUGGAGGUUGGCAUCACCUUGGUCUUCAAUGUCAAACAGUCUGUGAUGGAGAGAGUGGCUCGGGUCACCCAGGCAGACAUUGUGCCAUCUAUAGAUGGACUUGUGAGCCGUCCCAAGCUGGGCUUCUGUCAUUCCUUCAAGUGCCAGCCCUAUCUACUGCCUAAUGGUGACCUGAAGACUGUUGUGGUGAUGGAUGGCUGUGCCACACACCUGGGCUGUACCAUCUGUCUUAGAGGGGGCACCACAAACGAACUCAGGAAGGUGAAGGAGGUCGUGAAGAUAAUGAGCUACACCUCCUACAACUCUCUGCUGGAGAUAUCAUACUGUAUGGAUGAAUUUGCUCUUCCACCACCUAACCCUGACGAAAUACAGGCACAGGAUGACUUUGACCUUGCUCAAACAAUCCGAGAACCAGUGCAGACGGAGACUGCACAAGAGAAGGUGAAAGACAAAGAGGAAAACACACAGUCAGUGGCUGGUGACAAACCAACUCAAGAUCAACAUAUUAUUGAUGGGGAAGGAAAACGUGGGGGGAAAAAUGUAGAAAAUUGUGCCAUUGGUGAAUGUGCUAGAUCAACUGUAAAGUUGAAUGAAGGAAAAGAAGAAAAUUCGGAAGUUGUGUUGAGGAAAGGUCAUUCAGCGGAAAAAGAUUCUGAUUCAAAGCGUGUGAGUAAAGAUUCCUGUAAACGUCAGUCAGUGGAGAGGACUGAGUUGACAGAUUUGAGUGACCCACUCCACAGUUAUCAGACCAGCAAAGAUGAGUCUAUAUUUGACAGCAAAGUGUCCUUCCAGGAACACAAGCAGACUAAACAAUGGCUGUUUAAAAAAGCCUUGAUAGGUUUAGUUUUGUCAAUAUCACCAUAUCACAAAUAUAAAGUUCCAUAUUUGGAAACUGCACAUGGGUCUAAGUGUGAAUUGAGGAAAUACCUACCAGAGGAUAUCUAUUGGUCACAGUUGUUUGAAGGUGAACAAGGACAAAGGUCAAGGUCGAAGUAUUAUGACAGCGACUACUCCAGUCACUAUGCUCCCAAGUCCAACAUUCACAUUACCGAAGCUCAUCCGUUCAUCUUGCAGCAGCUUACAGCACCAUUACAUGAAAACUCCACACAGGCUCUACUGGCUGAUUUCCGAGCUCGUGGUGGAAGGAUAAAUGUAUUACCUCCCCUUGAUCCUCGUGUUGAUUUACAAAGAGAUGUGAUGCGUAAAGCAGUCUUUGAUGAACAAUCAGAAAAUGAGAAAAACAAACCUGGAGUUCUCUGGGAGAAGAAGAUUGACUGUCUCGACCCAGCUAACCACCAGAAGAUGGCCGUUCUCUUCAGUAGCUACUCUCAUAAGUCAGCCAAUCACCCCAACCCUUGUGUCUACCCAUGGGUUGUAAAGAUGGAGUUCUACGGUAACAACGAUAUAACGCUAGGAGGCUUCCUCGAACGAUACUGUUUCAGGAAAUCCUACUCCUGUCCAUCUGUGUCAUGUGACACGCCCAUGAUUCAUCACAUACGCCGAUUUGCUCAUGACAAGGGCUACCUCAACGUCGUCUUGAAAAAACUGGACUCAGUGAUUGCUGGUGGCCAGAACAAUAUCUUGAUGUGGAGCUGGUGCUGCCGGUGUAAACAGGUGACUCCAGUUGUCCCUAUCACCGUGGAUACCUGGAACCUAUCCUUUGCCAAGUACUUGGAGUUGCGCUUCCAUGGUGUGCAGUUUUGCAGAGGACGGGCCAGUGCGGAGCCGUGUACUCACUCCCUGCAUCAGGACCACAACCAGUACUUCGGCUACAACAACAUGGUGGCAUCAUUCAGGUACUCUGAUCUGUUGCUGAGGGAACUUGCUUUACCUCCUGUCAUAGUGACCCUCCAUCAGACACCUGCCAGUGUGGACAAACUCAAGGAUGUUGUGCGUAGCAUCACCAACAGAGGUAUGGAGAAAUACAGUACUAUUCUGGAGUGUACGAUGAAGCUCCGAAAUGAAACACAGAGUGAAUCUACAGCCCGGGCUGUGUCAGAGUUUGUCACAGAGCAACAGUCUGAGAAGUCAAGGCUGCGAGAUCUGGCACAGGAUGUGCAGCAGAAACUGCAGGAACUAGGUGGAGACGGGGACAGCUCAGGUACUGAGUUUAAGCCAGUGUUCCUUGAGAUACACGAUGACCUGAUCAAGUUGAAGAGACUGGUGGCUGAGGCUGUGGUACGCUGGAACACCAAAAUUCAGGAAUUCCUGACACAUCAGCAGAAGAAAUACAAGCUGCAGGCCAGUGGCUCCAAGAAGGACAGGGACAACUUGUCUGUGUCUGCAGAUGAGCUUGACCGAUCCUCCCCACGAUAUGAAGAGAGGUUGUUACACAGUAGGAAGGAAACUGACUCACCCAACAUCGAUGUUCCAGAAGGGGACAGUGGAGGUCCAUCCUCCCUGUCCCCCCAGCUGCUGGAGCGAGGAGGUUCCUCCAACAACCUGGAGGCCAUGAGAGAAGAAGACAGUGUGGACGGACGGCAGGACAAGAAGGGAAUGGUCAGGAGGACACUGAUGUCCGGCUUCUGGUCAGCCCCCGGCUUCACCCCUAUCACCAUGCCAUUCGACCCGGCGGAACACUACCUGCUGCCGCCCUGUGAGAAGAUCCCAGUCGUGGUGUAUGACUAUGAACCCAGCUCAGUCAUAGCAUAUGCUUUAAGCUGCGGAGACUACCAUGUCCGACUGAGAGAGUACCAGUGUUGUUGUGGUUCUGGCAAGGAGCAGGUCAGCAGUAUGUCCUCCAGUAAAGGAGGCCCCAAGUCUGGUGAUGUGGGAGGUGGAACUGUUGACUCGGUGCUGGAAUCUGAGGACCCUGACAACUACUCAGUUCUCACGUCCAGUACGGUCAGUGAGGUGGACAAGUCCAAGGCCAACAGCAAACAGACCAUCAGCCCCCACAUCGAGCUGCAAUUUUCCGACAGUGGGGCAAGGUUUUACUGCAAGAUCUACUUUGCCGAGCCCUUCCGCCAGCUCCGUAAGCUCAUCUUCUCAGCAGGGGAGGACAUGUUCAUUAGGUCUUUGUGUCGCUGCAAGCCCUGGGAGGCCAAGGGAGGGAAGUCUGGGUCCACCUUCUGCAAGACUGAUGAUGACCGAUUCAUCUUGAAACAAAUGUCUGGUAUGGAGGUGGAAUCAUUUGAGAAGUUUGGUCCUGAAUAUUUCAAGUACAUUACAAGAGCCUAUCGAGAAAAGAGGCCAACUGCACUGGCGAAGAUCCUUGGCGUCUACAGGAUUGGUUUCCGGAACACCCAGACCAACCAUGCCCUGAAGCAGGACCUGCUGGUGAUGGAGAACCUCUUCUACAACAGAAAGAUCACCCAGACAUUUGACCUGAAGGGCUCGAUGAGGAAUCGCUUGGUUAACACAUCAGGGAAACGAGAGGAAGAACUGGUGUUGCUUGACGAAAACCUUCUCAAAUUGAGUGUGGAGUCGCCCCUGUACAUGCGGCCACACUCCAAGACAGUGCUGAAUGCAGCCAUCUCAAGCGACUCGGAGUUCCUGUCCAGCAUCCUGGUGAUGGACUACUCCCUGCUUGUAGGGCUAGACGAGGCCAGGAAGGAGCUGGUAGUCGGGAUCAUUGAUUACAUUCGCACAUUCACCUGGGACAAGAAGCUGGAGAUGUUGGUGAAGUCCCAGAUUGGCAUUAUCGGCGGACAGGGUAAGACACCUACAGUUGUCUCCCCUCAGCUGUACCGGAGCCGCUUUCUGGAGGCGAUGAACCACUACCUUAAAGUUUACACAGAUGUUUUUCUGCAUGUUCCUGACCAGUGGAGCUGGCCUUUUUCCUUAUCCUGA